AUGUCUACCGAUAAUCAUGAUUCCGAAAUUCCUACCCGCACCACACCCCAACCACCUGCGCGCCCGGCCCGCCGCCCAGCUCGCACUCCUGUCCAGACCUCUUCUACUCUUGAAGAUCAACCAAUUGCCUCUUCUUCAUUUUCUUCUUCCUCUUCAUCUUCAUCUUCAAUUGCCACGACCUCUGCUGAUACAUCCAUCAAUGAAGUCGCUCCCCUACAACCGCCGCAAGUCCCGCGACGCCCAGGAUCUGCUGCAAGCUCUUCUUCAACUUCUUUGACGCCUCCGUCUUUACCUUCGCGUCGGCCUGCAGUUCCUCGGCGACCCGACUCUCGUACCUCUUCUUCUGCGUCCGAAUUGACGCCUGAAGAAAGUGAUGGGGGUGCAGCACCGUCAAUUACAAAUUCUAACUCAGCCCAACAACCGCAAAAACUGCAACAAGAAACGGUGCCCGGCUUGCCACUGCACCGGCCUACACCUCACCACGCCAAAAGUGAGGACCCGGAAAUUGCAGCACGACACGUGGUCGAAGCGCUUGAGGGCGCGGCUAGCGAGGCUGUUGCGGGCUCGAGCAUGCCGAGUGUCCCGAGCCGACGACCAGCAGUGCGUGAAAGCAGUAGUGUGGCAACUUCAUCAACUUCCGAUUUGAGUGAAUUAAAUAAAGAAAGGGCACCUGUAGUUUUGCGACGACCGGUAACUGAUCAGGAAGAAGCUGAUGAUGAGGAAGUUGUCGUAGAGGCUGUGGCGUUGCCUGCGGGUGAUGACGAAGAUGAGGAAGUUGUGAUUAAACCAAUUGUUCCGAAAAGACCAUCUGGUCAUCACGAAAUUGAGGAGGAGACUUUUCAACAAAGACCUAUUAUUCCUAAACGGCCGUCAAUUAAGAAGGAAGAGGAAGAAGAUCUUGAGCAAGAACCAAAGAUUAUUCAACCAAUUGUUCCUAAAAGACCAUCUUCUGUAUCAAUUAAGAAGGAAAUUGGAGAAAAAGAAGAAGAAGAAGAAGAAGAAGAAGAAGAGAAUCCCGUUGCACGGCCUGUGAUUCCCAAGCGACCCUCAUCUACGUCUGUCCAGAUAGAAGAAAACGAUGAAGAACAAUCGAAACCAAUUAUACCUAAACGACCUUCUGUUUCUUCAAUCCAUGAAGAGAGGAAGCAGCCAGUGGUUGAGGAAGAAAAAGAAGAAGAACCCAAGAUCAUUCAACAACCAAUUGUGCCUAAGCGACCUGUUCCAUCGAUUAAAAAUGAAGAACAAGAGGAAGAACCUAAGAUUAUCCAGCCUAUUGUCCCUAAGCGACUUUCUGUUUCGUCUACAAAAGAUAGUGAACCUGUGCAAGAACCAAAGAUUAUUCAACCCAUUGUUCCUAAACGGCCUUCUGUUUCUUCUAUAAAUGAAGCUGCCGAAAAAGAGGAAGUAGGACUUGUUACUCAAAGAUCUGUUGAAGAAACAGAACCUAAAAUCAUUCGUCCUAUUAUUCCCAAGCGACCUUCUUCAAACUCCUCUACUGAGGAAUCAAAACCUGUUAUCCCACAAAGACCGAAAGAAACUCCGGUUGAAGACAAGGCUCAAGAAAAAGAAGAAGAACUUGUUGUCGAAGCUGUUACACCUUCUGCGGGUGCUGAUGAUGAUGAGAUGCUUGUCAUCAAGCCUUUUGAUUCAGAGACUGACCUCAACAAGCCCAUUCUUUCCCACCAUGCAUCUACAGAAGAAAAAGAAAAAGAACAAGAAGAACAGCAGCAAUCCAAGCUUAACAAACCUCUAAUUCCCAAACGUCCAUCUGUUGGAGGCUCUUCUGAAGACACAAAGUCUCUUCCACCUGUGAUUCCUAAAAGACCUUCAGUCGGCAGCGCUGAUGACGCUCAUAACCAUGCACAUUCAUUGGGAAAACACGCUCCUCCAGUCGUACCGAAGCGCCGAUCCUUUGGCGAGCAUGGAAAACCUGCACCAUCUGUACCAUCGCGCCGUCCUCCCACUGGUGAGAAACGUGUUCCACCUAGCAUCCCUGCACACAAGCCUGCAGUCCCGCACCGUCCAGCACGUCUGUCGUCUAAGAUCCAAGCAGCGGCUGGAAUGUUUAGCGGCGAACAGCAGCAAGGUCACGGUGAUGGCGAGAGCAGUGGGCCGUCCUCAUCAUCUUCCUCCUCCUCCUCAUCAUCAUCAUCAUUUGCACCAACGGUUCCACCCAAACCAAAGUUCCGCCCAAGUGGCGUGGCUCGUAGUCCUAUGGUUACAGGAGCAGCAGCAGCUACAUCUGAAGAGGGUAAUUCGAGUAGUACUAGUUCUGGAGGUCUAGGAAAAGUGAGUGCAUUACGAGCUUCGUUGUUUAAAGACCUGGGUAAUGUGAUUGCACGUGGAGGUGUGCCACCCAUGUCGAUGGCUUCUAAGAUGCAGGAUGCCAGUUCUGAAAACAAGGAAGAAGGAGGAGAAGGUGAGGAGGUAGAGGAGCCUGUCAAGAAGAAUGAUAAGAAGCUUGGAGAUAUGCGUCGUGGCCGUGCGCGUGGUCCCCGCCGCAAGUUACCUAGCGAGGCAGCCACUCCUCUUAAGGAAGAAGAGCCGUUGCCAGUUGCUUCUGGUAACCAGAAAAAGAAGGUGAAGGAGAUGGAGGAAGAUAAACAUGUAGUUGUUUUUUACGAUGUGUGGAGCCUUGGAGAAGGGGGGCUGGUGUUUACGUCAGUUGAAGAGCAAGAUCGUAAGAGAGAAGAAGAGGCAAGAAGAAUUGCAGAGGAGAAGCGCAUUGCGGAAGAGAAGAGAAUUGCUGAAGAAAAGCGCAUUGCAGAAGAAAAGCGCAUUGCAGAAGAGAAACGUAUAGCUGAGGAGAAACGUAUAGCUGAGGAGAAACGCAUUGCUGAGGAGAAGAGAAUUGCUGAGGAGAAGAGAAUUGCUGAGGAAAAGCGAAUUGCUGAGGAAAAGCGAAUUGCUGAGGAAAAGCGAAUUGCUGAGGAAAAGCGAAUUGCUGAAGAGAAGGCAGCUGAAGAAAAGAGAAUUGCUGAAGAAAAAGCAGCUGCUCAGAAGUCAUCUGAAGGUGCUCAGCAUGAAAAGAGUCUUGAUGUUGUUGAGGUGCCUCAAGUUGAGGAGAUCAAGAAGGAUGCUGGUGGUAUUAUUAGCAAAACGUCUGUUGAGGGAGAGGAGUCUGAUAAUGAAGAGGACUUUUUUGAUGCAACAGGAUCUGCUACAACUAGUCCACGCGCAUCUGCUGGUCAUCAUGCAACAGCUGGGCAUGUUGCAACAUCUACUGUGGUCAUAGUGGAACCAUCUGAGGCUCAUUCCACAAAAAAGGAGGAAUCUAGCAAGGAGGAGGAGGCUGUGGAGGAAACUACCCCUUCUGCCGAGAAAACAAGGAGUGAUAUCCCUAUUACUGGUGCUGCCAAGACAACAAUAGCAACAGCAACUGUGGAAAAUGAAAUUUCACCAGCAGCUUUGACACCAGCAGCAACAGCAACAGAUAAAAGCUUGGAAACCCAAGAGCUUGGCCGUGGCGUGGGUAUCCCACUUGACGAAGAAGAGGAGGGAUUUACGGUUGUGUCUUCUUCUACGAUUUCAUCUUCAACAAUGGGUACUACUAAUACUAGUACUACUACGACGGCAACUGCUGGCACUGCUCAUCUACCAGUAAACGGAGCGGAAGAGCAGGUUUUGGAGCCUGGCUACGAGGUUGUAUCUUCAUUGACGCCUAGUAGUGGUGGAGUUGUGGCUGUUGAUGAAGAUGAAGAUGAAGAUGAAGAUGAAGAUGAAGAUAAAGAAGAUAUGCCAGGAGGUGUUGUUGUUGUUGGUGUUGAUGCUAAAACAACGGCGGCGUUGGUUGGCGCAGGCGGUAACAGCAAUAAUAACCCUAGCCCUGUGGUUGAGAAAGAGGAAGCAGAGGAAGAAGAAGAUGAUGAUGUCAUAGUGACUGCACAAGUUACGCACAGCACGUGA